CUUUUUUGAAGCUUACAAGAAUUAUCUACAAAUUGACAUUAGUGCAGAGAAUGCUGAUGAUCUUAGAAAAUGGAAAGGUUGGGUUGAGUCUCGCCUUCGUCAGUUGACACUAAAGCAUGCUUUUAGGGUCGGUUCCUCAUGCAUGCUCAGGUUUCAUCAUUUGGUAUUAUAGCUGGUUGACCAAUGAUGCAAAGAGGGCUCCUUGCAGAGGAUUCUGACCAGUUAGAAGGCCAAGUGUAGUGUUGCAGGGUGUAACCAUAGAGAUGUUGCCUCUUUCGGGCUCUAUGAAACUUUUAAGUCCUACAUAGAGUAUUAGGGGAUGCUUGAUAUAACACUUAAAAGUGUAUGGUUCUUCCACCUUGACAGCAUGCUUUUAAGGAUUGAGAGGCACACAUGUGGGAUGCUUCAGUGCCAUCCGCAUCCUGGUGAUUUUCCAGACAAAUCCAGACCUUUCCACCGUAGUUACUUCAUGGGUCUGCAACGUAAGCAAGGAGUUCCAGUUAAUGAGGGUGAACAAUUUGAUAUAAGGUUAACUGUUAAAGAAUUUAAGCACUCUGUCAACGUGUACAAUUUAUGGGAACCUGGAAUGGAAAUUCAUGUAUCGCAUGUGAAGCGUAGGACUUUACCUACCUUUGUAUUUCCUGGUGGUGUUCGCCCUUCCCGCCCAACUAAAGUAACUUGGGAUAGCAAGCAGAGUUCAGAAUUGAAGGUCUCUGGCCAGAGUCAGGAAAAAUUUCAUGAAGGUAGGGCAGUUGCAUGCGAAACAGAUGAUGAAAAGAAGAGAAAGCGAGCAGACAGUGAGUUGGAUGAUAACUUGAGAAUUUCCAAAUCCGUGGCAUCUUUACCUUCUUCCAGUAGGGAACUUCAUGAUGAUAGAACUAUUAGCGCUGCCAGUUCUUGUUCUAUAAAACAGGCUGACUCAGAAGCCAAUGUUAUUGAGGGACAAAAUGGUGAGAAAUCUGAUUUGAAUUUUCCAGAGGAGAUAUCGUCUGAGAAGAGUGAGAUUAAUGGUUCAGGAAGAGGCUAUGUACAAGUCAACCCAAUACAUGCUGCUUCUGAUAUGUCAAAUUCUAAAGAAGCAGAAAAGCUGUCAAUUGAGAAGAUUAUGUCUGGUCCAUAUGAUGCACACCAAGCCUUUUCAGAAGAACCAGAUGAGCUUGAAGAUGAUAUUGAGUAUACAAAUCAAGUGAAGGGGAAUGGGGGAGACAGGAAAAGCAGCUUAGACUCUUUAAACUUGAAGGCUAUAGUGGCAACUGAACCAGUUAUUUCAAGCGAGGAAAUGAUUCGUUCGGCUCAUUUACGCUCUGGUGGGGGCUUGGACGAACUUGAGCCUGCUGAGCUGACAGCACCGUUAGUAAGUGGGACUCCUGAACCUGUGCCACAAAGGAAGUCUCUGAUAAGGUUUAACUUUACCACCUUUGCCCAAGCUGCGGACAAGACUUCUUAGAUGCAUGUAAAGUUUAGCUGCCGAUAAGCUUGGACCGGGAAUGAAUUGCAGCGAUCAUUUAUAUGGCUUAUUUGUUUCUCCGAUGCUGUAAAACUGAAGGACCUGAAAAAGCCACAAAUUUGUACUUAUUUGUGACAAUAGAAUUGAAAUUGAUGUUGGCUUUCACCAGGAGAAAAACAUGUCCUUGAAAUGUUAUCUGAAAUGUUGGAAAAGUCGUGACGCCUGCAUGUGAUAAAAAACUUGUAUAAGAUUUUAUUUAGGGAGAAUUUCAUCAAAGGACCAGUGGAUGAAGGUUAUAGGAGUUAUGAUUUAUAGAAAUAUUA